GUCUCUUCAGCGCUUGACUAUGUACAAUGUCGUGUUUGAUUACAAGUAAAGCAGAUUUGAUUUAAAACCAGAUUAUGGACUCUAUGGUGUUAAACCAAACAUCCCAAACCCCCAAUUCAUAGUGGAAAUUGAAUGUCUUAUCAUAUAAUAUUUGUUUAUUUCAGUUAAAUGUGACUUGUUUAAGAUAUUCUUUAAAAAUGGUAAUAUAUCUGUUAAGUAUAAAAAAUAGACUAAUUUCUCUGCUACUGCUUUGUAAUUCUGUCAUAAAAAACAUUAGCAUCCAUUUUAAAUCCAUGCAAAACCACAUUCGGAGAUAAAUGUGUGGAAUCUAGGAUCUGGAUUCUGUCUACAGAUUGAUAAUGCGGAUUUAAUUAUGUUGUAAUCAAGCACGACCUAAUUUGCGACAAACGCAUUGAUGAAAAAUACAAACAGAAAGUAGGAUUUGUUUUUAAAAUCAACCAUGGAUUUGGAAAUCAAGAAGGAGGAAAGCACGUAUACGUCUUGUUAUUGCGAAGAAAACGUAUGGUGUUUGUGUGAUAGAAUACGAGACAAAUACCCCGACCGUCUUCACAACUGUUACUGUGUAUUCAUAUCCAACAACAAAAGAGCCAUCCCACUUUGGAGACAGAAAGCAAGUAAAAGAGAGGAUGGUCAAGUUGUAUGGGACUACCAUGUGAUAUUCCUCUAUCAACCAGGCCCAGGUACAUUGGUCUUUGACCUUGACACCUCCCUGACCUUUCCAUGUGACUUUGAGAGAUAUUGUGAGGAAUCCAUUAAAGAUGAUAAAUGUCUGAAACCGGAGUACCACAGAAUGUUUCGAGUAAUUCCAGCAGCAGAAUUCUUGCAGACUUUUGCAUCAGACAGAUCUCACAUGCUGACCAAGGAUGGUCAGUGGAUGUCUCCUCCCCCUGUUUAUCCACCCAUAAAAACCGAAGAAUGUCACAACAAUAUUCAAGAAUUCAUAUCGAUGGAAAAGGAAGACAACCAUGGCGUGAUUCUCAAUUUAAAACAAUUUCUGGAGAAGUUUUUGAAGAGGACUGACAAAACAUGAUAUGCUCUAUAAUACUCCAACAACGUUCUGUCUGUGAUAUAAUCUCCGUCUUAUUUAUUCAUUCAUUGAUCUGCAAGUAUUGUUAGGUGCAUUUAUAAUCAAUAUUUUAUUUGUAAAAACAUGAAAUUUCAACUGAUUACACACGUGUUGAUUAUGUGAAUAUUAUUCUGAACAUAGCAUAAUGAAUAAACUAAUUCAAAAGUUUAUAAA